AUGAAAAUUCAAAUGAGAAUUACCGAAUACUUAAGAAGUUCUAAUCUUCAUGGAUUUGUAUAUCUUGCAAAUGAAAGAAACACGAUACUUAGAGGUCAAUUCAUUGAUAAAAAUGCAAGAUUCAUUUUAAAACUACGUAACAACAAUUUGAAGCAUCGCAUGGAUUCUCAAAUUCAUGCAACACUUCUGUUGUUUUGCGGUUUUAUCUCGUAUAACAUGAGAUCGUCAACACAAUCGUCAAGAGUUCUAGAGAACUUGAAUCACUCUUAUGUUUACAAAGAAAUUUGA